AUGCGUUUCUCCGCUGCCACUCUCGUCACUGCCUUUGCGGCCAUCGCUGCAGCCUACACCACGCCUGAUUACUCCAAGGACCCUCAGGGCAACCCCCCCUUCACCAUCAAGUGGGAUGCAACCCUUGGCAAGACCGUGUCGAUCGUCCUCCUGCGCGGCCCCUCCAACAACGUGCAGCCGCUGGAGACCCUUGCAGAGAGCAUCCCCAACACGGGCGCUUUCAUCUGGACCCCUUCCACGACAUUGACCCCUGAUGUCACCCACUACGGUCUUCUCAUCGUCGUCGAGGAUGCUGGUGCCCACCACGGUGCCUACCAGUGGUCGACCCAGUUCGGUAUCUCGGGCGUGGACGGUGCCACCACCGCCGCCGUCACCACCUCCCAGGUCUCCCAGACAGUCACCUCCACCUCUUCCUUGACUCACACCGUGAUCGCUGCCACCAGCGCGGUCAACACUGCCGAUGCUUCCUCCACCGCUGCCGCCCGGGCUCUGACAACUCUGGCAGCUCCGACUCUGGCAGCUCCAACACCGCGGUGGUCAGCCUGGCUCCCGCCACCACCGCGUCUUUCGCAACCACUCAGCGCUGCCGCUCAAUCCUCCGGCGCUGUCUCCCCCAGUGUCUCGGCCACCCCGACCCCCACUCCGGCCUACAACGCGGCUGGCCGUACCGUCAUUUCCCUCGGCGCCGUUGUCGCUGGUCUGGUUGCCUUUUUGGCUCUGUAA